UUCUCAAACCCAAAGCCAAAAUCAAAAUCAAAAUAUCCACGGUAGAGAGAGAGAGAGAGAACGAGCCCUAGAUCGGCGAAAAUCGAGAAGGAGAAGCACCGCAAAGCGCGCCGCAUCCAUCGGAUCGGUUACGCCGCCAGCAAAAGACAACCACACCACCAAGAAGAGGAAGGAAAAGCCAUCGUCAAUGGCGUCUCAGCCUCAGGUUAGGGCUUCCCACGUCCUGAUCAAGCACGAGGGAUCGAGGAGGAAAGCGUCCUGGAAAGAUCCCGAGGGGAGGAUCAUAUCGGCGACGACGAAGGAGGCGGCGGUCGAGCAGCUGAAGGCGCUCAGGGAGAAGAUCGCAUCGGGAGACGAGAAGUUCGAGGAUGUUGCCAAGAAGUACUCGGAUUGUAGCUCCGCCAAGCGCGGCGGUGAUCUAGGUCGUUUUGGGCGGGGUCAGAUGCAGAAGCCAUUUGAGGAAGCUACUUUUGCGCUGAAGGUUGGGGAGAUUAGCGACAUCGUGGAUACUGACAGUGGAGUCCAUAUCAUCCUGAGGACCGGUUGAUUGCUGUAGGUGUCUUGAUCAUCUAAUAACUUUCUAUGCUUAGUUUGAUAUGGUGCCUUUAUCUUGUUAUUCUUGAGCGACUGCAAUCCAUUAGAUUUGUUGUGAUCAUGAGUGAAAUUUGUUUCUUAAAGGCAGCAAUUCAACAUUUUAAUGCUAAAUGAUAUAUUGAUGACUUGAUAAUUUGUAAUAAACUGACUUUGAUCUGGCUUCUGCUUUUUUGUUGGUAAA